AGAAAAAAGAACUUAACUCCUGAAGCGCUAGAGAAAAAGAUAUCUCAAAUUAAUGCAAAAAUUGACAAAAUGCAACAUGAUAUGAAGACAAAAGAAGAUCUGAAAACUAUGGCAUUAGGCACAUCCAAGAUAAACUACCUUGACCCCAGGAUUACGGUUGCCUGGUGCAAGCGGCACGAGGUUUCUAUUGAAAAGAUUUUCAACAAAUCUCUUCUGGUGAAAUUCUGUUGGACAAUGGAUGUGGAUCCUGAAAUCAGAUUCUGA